GCUGCGCAGCCGGAGAGGCGGGGGCCCGACGCGGCCCCCCCGGAGCCGGGCGCCUGGCGCGGGGGCUCGCCGAGCGCACGGGGGGCCGCACGGCGCUGCAGACCCAGCCUCCCGCCGCCGCCGCCGCCGCCGCCGCCGCCGCCUCGGCGCUUGCAGAACCCAGAAGUGAACAGCAGGCGACCCGGAAGGUUUGCGCGCGGCUCCGCACCGAGCCGGAGCCGGAGCCCGGAGCCGGAGCCCCAGCCCGGCCCUACUCGGGCCGCCGGGCGCGGGGCUGCGGCCGCGUCCCGGAGCCGCCGCCAGCACAGCCAGGUGCUGUUGGGAACACAGAGGAAGUGACUGACUGGGGGUUCAGGGAAAGCUCCGUAGAAGAGGGAACACUUGAGCUGGGUCUUGAAGGAUGAGUAGAAGUUCACCAAGUGGGAAAGGACACUCUAGAGCAAGAAAGACAGAAUGACAGCUUGCUCGCCCUACUGCAAGGAUCAGGGCUGGUCACAGAAAGACUUGAACCCUAUGGAAGACAAAGAUAGCUUUGAAGGCCCACCCUUCAUACUGCCCUGGUUGAAAAGCCCUUUUAACUGCACAGGAACUUGCCAGAGGAUGGCCGAGCCUCGAUUUAACAACCCCUACUUCUGGCCCCCUCCUCCAACCAUGCCCAGCCAGCUGGACAACCUGGUCCUGAUUAACAAGAUCAAGGAGCAGCUGAUGGCGGAGAAGAUCCGGCCGCCUCACCUGCCGCCCACGUCGGCCUCGUCGCAGCAGCCGCUCCUCGUGCCGCCGGCGCCGGCCGACAGCAGCCAGGCCGUCAUGUCGCUGCCCAAGCUGCAGCAGGUGCCGGGGCUGCACCCGCAGGCCGUGCCGCAGCCUGACGUGGCGCUGCACGCGCGGCCGGCCACCAGCACGGUCACAGGUCUGGGGCUCUCCUCCCGGACCCCGGCUGUGAGCACGUCUGAGUCGAGUGCGGGCACGGGUACCAGCACCCCAUCCACACCCACCACCACCAGCCAGAGCCGCCUCAUCGCCUCGUCCCCCACCCUCAUCUCAGGGAUCACCAGCCCCCCCCUCCUGGACUCCAUCAAGACAAUCCAGGGCCACGGCCUGCUCGGCCCCCCCAAGUCCGAGCGCGGCCGAAAAAAGAUCAAGGCGGAGAAUCCAGGGGGGCCGCCUGUCCUCGUAGUCCCCUACCCCAUCCUGGCCUCGGGCGAGACUGCCAAGGAGGGCAAGACAUACAGGUGUAAGGUAUGCCCGCUGACCUUUUUCACCAAGUCUGAGAUGCAGAUCCACUCCAAGUCGCACACAGAGGCCAAGCCCCACAAGUGCCCGCACUGCUCCAAAUCCUUUGCCAACGCCUCCUACCUGGCCCAGCACCUGCGCAUCCACCUGGGCGUCAAGCCCUACCACUGCUCCUACUGUGAUAAGUCCUUCCGACAGCUCUCCCACCUCCAACAGCAUACCAGAAUCCACACAGGCGACAGACCCUACAAGUGCCCACAUCCUGGCUGCGAAAAGGCUUUCACUCAGCUCUCCAACCUCCAGUCUCACCAGCGCCAGCACAACAAGGACAAGCCCUACAAGUGUCCCAACUGCUACCGGGCCUACUCGGACUCCGCCUCCCUGCAGAUCCACCUCUCGGCCCAUGCCAUCAAGCAUGCCAAGGCCUACUGCUGCAGCAUGUGCGGGCGGGCCUACACCUCGGAGACCUACCUGAUGAAGCACAUGUCCAAACACACGGUGGUGGAGCACCUGGUGAGCCAUCACUCGCCCCAGAGGACGGAGUCCCCCGGCAUCCCGGUGCGAAUUUCCCUCAUCUGAGCCGAUGCAAG